GAAACGGGAGCCGAAGAGAAGGAGCCCCGCCCCGAUUGCCCUCUGGACCGGGAAAUGUUGGGGAGAAGCUCGUGGGCUUUCCUUCAUACCAUGGCGGCGUAUUACCCCGACCGGCCGAGUAAAAUCCAGCAGCAGGAGAUGGUGCAGUUCAUCCACUUGUUCUCCAAGGUUUUCCCUUGUGAGGAGUGUGCAGAAGAUGUGAGAGAGAGAUUACGGCGGAACCAGCCCGACGCCACCAGCAGGCGCACCCUGACCCAGUGGUUCUGCCGGCUUCACAACGAAGUGAACCAGAAGCUGGGGAAGCCCGAGUUCGACUGCUCCCUCGUAGACGAGCGCUGGCGAGACGGCUGGAAAGACGGGUCCUGCGAUUAGAGGACCCCGCGGGUCCUGCGAUUAGAGGACCCCGCGGGUCCUGCGAUUAGAGGACCCCGCGGGUAGUAAAACGGGACUCUCUUUUUAAUAAUAAAAAAAGGAAAACUCACGCCAACGAGGAACAGAAUCAGUCCUGGGAGAGGGGUGCUUGUCGAGGCGUCCCUGAGUGUGCUUUUUGGACGGGGAUCGGCAGGGAGGUUUCUCCGAGGCGUGUCUCUCCCCUCCUGCCCAGUGAGAACCUGCCAUUUUGAUCGGAAGCUUUUAUCCACCGGCUUUCCGCUCGUGACCAGGAGUGUCUUCUGACUCUGUAUCUUUUUCAGUCACCAUCCAGGGCUGCCUUAAGAGCCUAGGCAGUUUCUCAGGCUUGCGGGAGGGUGGGGACAGCUCCUGCUCUGGGCUGAGUAAUCCUUUCAAAGGCCUGGUUGCCAGUUCUCUGUGCCUUCCUCCCCC